UUUAGUUGGGAAAUGAAAAAAGAAGGCAGAAAAGAAAUUGGGAAAGGAUAAAGCGAAGAAGCUCUGGGAAUGACUUCAACCAUUCUUCCAUUAACCAACGUUCAAUUCGCUUCCUUUCAUUCUCACCACUCUUUUCCAACCAUCGCCAAGACCAUUGUAUUUCUCUAUCUACCACUUUUUAAGGCAUCCAAUUUUUUUGUGAAGGGCUUGGAGAGUUUUAGCAGCUUAAAUAAAAUUACGAGUGGGGAUGGAGAAGAGAGCAAGAUGCAAACAUGGCUUCAAAUAGAACCCAGAGUCAAGCAUUUCGAGUCCUUGCUAAUCCCAAUGUAUGCAUCAGCUGAACAAUUCCUAGUAUCUUCAGGAAAGGAUGGUUCAAAUAAGGAUGUGAUGAUGGUUGAUCCUGUGGAAGCCAAGCGAUUGGCUGCCAAACAAAUGGAAAGAAUUAAAGCAAAAGAAAAACUCAAGAGAAGACGCCAAAUUGAGGCAAUUAAUGGAGCUUGGGCAAUGAUUGGUCUCACGGCCGGCCUAGUUAUUGAAGCUCAAACUGGAAAAAGCAUUAUGACUCAGCUGCAAGACUACUUUGGAGCGAUUUUUCACUUAUUUGUGAAGUAGACAGUCCAAAAAGUGCAUGGAUACACAUACUAAGAAAUGCAGAUUCUUUCUCACAUUCUUUGUGAAUACAUCUGUUAAAGGUUUACUGAUAAGGUUUUUUACUUCGCACAGUUAACCAUACAAUUUUCACUGCUCAAUUUUCCUUGUUACCUGUUAAUGCAACAUAUGUAACAUGAUUUUUCAGAAGAAUUGUGCUGCUAGACAAUUAUUGUUGCUCGAUAUGGAUGUUUACCCCCUCCCCUCUUUGUUUUUCCCUUAUGCUGACAUUUAUUGUUGAAUUCUUAACACAUUUUUCCCUCUCA